CUUUUAUACUUCAUCAUGGUCAAACUCUGUGUGCUCUGUGCUAAGCGAAGAGCCGUUCUCAAGAGACCCAAGACAGGUCAACAAAUUUGCCAAGAAUGUUUUUAUUAUGUCUUUGAAACUGAGAUUCAUCAUACGAUUCAAGACAGCAACCUUUUCCAAAGAGGAGAACGAGUGGCUAUUGGCGCCAGUGGAGGAAAAGAUUCCACUGUCCUUGCACAUGUGAUGAAGACAUUGAAUGAUCGUUAUGAUUAUGGUCUCGAUCUAUAUUUACUAUCUGUCGAUGAAGGUAUCACAGGCUACCGAGAUGAUUCCUUAGAAACUGUCAAGCGUAAUCAACAACAAUAUGAAUUACCUCUCAAGAUUGUAUCUUAUCAUGAUUUGUAUGGUUGGAGUAUGGAUGAGAUUGUGCGUGAAGUAGGCAGAAAGAACAACUGUACCUAUUGUGGUGUGUUUAGACGUCAAGCAUUAGAUCGAGGUGCUGUCAUGUUGGGGGUCAGUCAUAUUGUGACUGGCCAUAAUGCAGAUGAUAUAGCCGAGACAGUAUUGAUGAACAUCUUUCGCGGUGAUAUCGCAAGACUCGGUAGAUGUACAGAAAUCGUGACUCAGGGCGAAAGUAACAUUCGACGAUCCAAGCCAUUCAAAUAUACCUAUGAAAAAGAGAUUGUCAUGUAUGCUUAUUUUAAGAAACUGGAUUACUUUUCAACAGAAUGCAUUUAUUCACCUAAUGCUUAUCGUGGUCAUGCUCGUACUUUCUUGAAAGAUUUAGAAGCCAUUCGACCCAGUGCUAUUAUUGAUAUUAUCAAAUCGGGAGAAGCAUUUGAAAUCAAAACAGGCACAAAGAUGCCUACCCAAACUGUGUGUGAGCGUUGUGGGUACAUGUCUUCUAAUGCUCUAUGUAAAGCCUGUAUGUUAUUAGAAGGUCUUAACCGAGGUCUACCCCGAUUAGGUAUAGGCAAGACAUCCAAGACACGUCGUGAAGAACUUGAAAAUGCUACUCCUUUAGAUGAUCAUGUAGUUAAAGUACAACACUUUUCAGAAAUCAAGCGCGAUCAAGAUCAACCGCAGCUUGUUCAUCCCAAGGAUCCUAAAGAAGUGUACACACCUCCGCCUCGAGUUCCCGGAGGAAUUUUGCACGAUGCCCAGCUAAGCAAGAAAGACGUUAGUUGGUAAUUUACAUUGAUUAUUAAUCCUAAUUUUAUUAUUAUCCCGAAAAUGGGAAUAUCUGAACUCGAUCGAAUCUAUGCCGGAAAAAUGUUUUCCCAUGUUUAUAAAUAUAUAAAUAAAUAAAUAAAAAACUUUGCAAUUCUUGAC